AUGGCGGUACCCACACCUCCCAUCCCGCCUGUCUCGCCAGACUCGGGCCCUACCGACCCUACGCUUCCCAAGCUGCCCGCUGGAUGGAUAGCGCAGUGGGAUAACUCGGCGAUAGAUGUCCAGAUCAGUACCGGCGUCUCGCAAUGGGAACUGCCCACGAGCGAAGCGCCCGUAGGCGGCUCCUCGUCCCACAGCACACCCGCGCAACAGACGAACCCAUACAACGUCCCCGGCACCUCAGGCCCCGAUGCAGGCGACGGACAAAGAGGCAUGGGCGACGGCCCGACUGGCGACAGGGCAGGUGGAUUGGGUGGCUUCGCGAUGAACGCGCUCAUGGGCAACAAGCAGAGUAAUAGUGGACAUGGCGGCGGUGGCUCGGGAAACCUCGUCGGUCAACUCGCUGGAUCGUUCCUCGGAGGUGGAAAACAACAUGGUGGUUCUUCUGGGGGUCACUCUGGUGGCGGUGGUGCGGGACAGCUUGUUGGACAGCUGGCUAGUGGCCUGCUAGGUGGUGGGAAGCAGCAUGGAAGUUCUGGAGGUCAACAUGGUGGCAGCGCUGGCCACGCAUCGAGCGGUGGUGGUGGUCUUGGAGGCAUGCUUGGAAGCGUCCUCGGUGGAGGAUCAUCGCACAACAAGCCCAAUAACGGCGACUACGGCUACUCCGGUGCCUCGUCAGGCGGCACCUACACCGGCACCGCCCCGCCAACGUCCUACAACCCCAGCGCUCAAGGCGGCCAAUACGGCGGCAGCGCUCCAAGCCAUGGCUACUCAUCUCCAGGUCCUGGACAACAAUACGGUCAGGGUCAAGCCCACGGAGGCUACGGCGGACAACACUCUCCGCCCCAGCAGCAACAGCACGGCCAACACGGCCAACACGGCCAGCAUCAAAGCUACGGCUCGCAAGCUGGAUUCGGUGAACAGUCAGGAUACGGUGGGCCAGCACCAGGCUACGGUCAAGGACCACCGGCAGGCGGCCCACCAGGCGGCUACGGACAACAAGCUGGCUACGGAGGUCCGGCAUACGGCGCACCAACCGGUCCCUACGGCGGCGCCGCAAACUACGAUAACCACCAGCACAACCAGUACGGCGGUGCUCCCACGCACGCCAACCAAUAUGGCGGCGGUCAACAGUAUCCUCCUCCUCCUGGUGGCCAUCAGGCUGGGUACGGAGGCCCGCCGAGCCACCACACUCCUCAGCCGGGUUGGCAGUAA